GGCGAAUGGCUCGACGGGAUUUCAGAGAAACGCUAAUUCCUCUCCUCAACACCAGCAGGGAAGAGGAACUUUAUCAUAAGUUGAUUUCCAGAAACAGCCGAUAUGUCAAAAACGUGGAUGUAAGUUAUAACAAACCGCAAUAACAGCCCACGAAAAACAUACGCGAAAUUUAGGGAAUUCGUAAAAACCUUGAAAAGGACGUUAUAUUUAGAUUAUGUUAGUCAUUUCAAACGAUUUGCUCCAGAAAAAAAGCAAAGAGGAUCUGAUCUUUUUCUGAAGAUAUCACCGGUAUUUUCAUCACAACUAUCUCUGAUUGCUUCGGUGAGUUCUCAGCUGAUAAGGGCUACAUCCCUGGACAGUUGCGCGUGCAAAUUACCGCCGCGUUGAGUCUCUUGUGGCCGGCAGCAUCGGUAAGGGGGCUAGGAAUAGCGGCAAUUAUCGGGGUUAGACACAGGUAAUACUAUACGGUUCGGGGGCGUGAGGAAAGCUUGUGAUAUAAUUUCUGGCACAGAACUUGGUUCGGUGUGGCUGUGAUUCUUCAGUGCCAUGCGGUAGUGUAAACUAGCAGAUACAAGGACGCCCAGGACACUACCUGUUCCACCAUGUUGGUACUUGGAUAUAUAGCUGUGUUUUGUGUCCUUCACGUCCACUCCACUCCAGGCACUAAAGAUAACUCCAUCCUGCUUCAUACGUUAAAAAAGAGAGAUGUUGCUGACCAGAUUGGGCCCAUUCCAUACACACAACACCAGCCGCAACCUAUUUCAGAUGCUUCUCAGGACGUGGGCGGUGACGACUCCGUGUACGGUCACACAGCCAUCCUGAACCCAAACCUCGAUCAGAGCGACCAGCAAUAUUAUGACGCAUCACGUGCACACACGACCCGUACACCAUUGUACCGACAAUACUCGCCAGAACUUGGCGGGUCAUCUGGAAGGGCGUCGCACGAAUACUCUAGUUCCCAGAGCUACAGCAGUCAGUCGGGCAGUCAGUCGGGCAGUAGUCGCACACCCACACACACUCGGUCCACAGGUACCCAGACCCAAGCUAGUCAGUCUGGACUCGACGAAGGGUAUGAUACCCCGAGUUUAAGGACCUACAACAGCCCUGCUCAGACCAACAACCAAGAUAAUGUUGAUGAUUCUCAAGGCAAUCCUACUCGAACUGGCCAAAGCCGGGGCACACAGACUGAUCCACGAUACACGGGGUAUGUGUAUAACCCAGGUACAGGUGGUGCGACGGCAACGUAUAGCCCCACCGGAACAAGAAGACGCGACCCGACACAGACAGCCGGGAGGUCUACAAACACAGGUACAUAUUACAGUGGUGGCAGCGGGCCUACGGGAAGACGUCCUACGGUCGCUGCUAGUUAUCCGUUGGGUCCUAUACUCUCCACUGGCGGAGGGCAGCCACUGGACAGGCGACAGCCAAAUACCGGGCAGCAGGUGUUCCGCCAGACGCCCGGCUACAGAACCUACACAGUUGGAGGCCAGCAGCCGUACUAUUCCAGUUCGAACCAGUACACCUACAGCACCAGACAACAGCAACCCUCAUAUACCGUUAGACAGCAGCAGCCGCACUAUGGUGGAGGAGGUCAACCAACUCAUACUGGAGGUCAACCAACUUACGCUGGAGGUCAGCCGACUUAUACUGGAGGUCAGCCGACUUACACAGGAGGUCAGCCGACUUACACUGGAGGGCAAGCCACUGGCCAGGGAUAUGUUCCUUACGGAUAUAAUCCAUCUGGACAACAGUAUCCAUACAAUCCUAACCAUGGGCAGAACUGUCCGGAGACUGGUAUCCGGAUGCGAAUCAAUGGCAUGGACUGUGCCAGGGCUGUCGACUUCUACGGGUCUUUUCUGUGCUAUCGACAUGAAUUCACAUCAAGGGAGUGCUGCGAGAAGUGUCGGCCCCUUAAGAAUGCCGCCAGUGUUGGGUGCGAGUUUGGAGACCACUCCUAUCAGUGUCGCCAGAUACAGCCUCACGACUGCUACGACCUGAGGAACAGACAGAGUUGUUGCAACACCUGUGACCAACAUAGGUCAGGAGAGGCUGGGUGUGAGUAUGGCGACAUGACCCCCAGGUGUGAGAGAGUCACACAGAACCCCAGCCUGUGCUACAUCCCCGAGAACCAACGCCUCUGUUGUCACACGUGCAGGAGGUUGCGGGGCAGCGACGAGAGUCAGGUGUGUCCGUGGGGUGACCAGAACGCCAACCUUUGCCGGCCGUUUGACCAGUACGGUGGGGUACGAAUCAACUGUUACGCUGAGCAGAUACGAAGACUCUGCUGCCAGACUUGUGAGCGACUCAGAGCCCGGAUGCCUAACAAUAUUGUCGGUUGUGAGUACGGAGAUCGUCCUGUUAUUUUCAACACGGGAGAAUUCGGCAGCUUGAACUGUACGUCGUUCUUCCGUCACUUCCCUGUAGAGCAGUGCACGGUCAACCAAGCCGUGGCCAUCAACUGCUGCUUCACCUGUCACCGCUACCAGGAUGGGGGCAGGCAGCGACAGCGGGUGGAGCGACAACAGGCGUCGGGGCAGGACGCCGCAGGGAGAGGGUAACCGGGGAGGGGCUCCAGUCGUCGAUACUGCUACCUAGUCAUCGUUUAACUGGAAAUAGUCAUGGCGUUCCCAAUAUGGGUCCGUUCAGGUUCUGGUUUUGGUGAAUGACUUUUUGACUAGCACGUCGUUGACAUCAAACUUCGAAAUGAUGAACUGAAUUUUAAAUCCAUCUCAAUAUUUUAAUCAAUAGGUCGACAAGUACGUGUAGGGCUGCGACUACAAAUGGGACUUUUAUACUCCUUAACACGUCGGAGUUGGCCUUGCCGUGUAUUUCAACGUCUGCUUGUGUAGGGUAACAUCGACUUAGAUCACAUAUAAACACCAUUGUACUGCUAGUCUCAGCACAUGACGAUGGUUGGGUAGGACAUUUUUAUCUAUGUAAACUUUCAGUCGUGUAAGAUAUAGACGCAGUUGCGGUGAUAUCAUCUGUAUCGACGCCCAGAAAGGGGUCUUCAGAUCCCGGGUAGAAACCGAGAUCGUCUCCUCCUUAGGGACUAAUAAACAUAACGUACUCAUUGAUGGGAUUCACGGCAUUAUUCGUAAAACACUGGUUUUAUACUUCGUGGUAUGAUUGUGCAAAAUACACAUCUUUAUAUUUAACCCCGUUACUUAUAACUAUACAAAGCAACACAGGAAAAACCCGUCAACAUAAGGAAAAUAUAACCAUCAGAUUAAGGGGUAAGAGGUAUCCCUGAACGUUGUGUACGUACAGUAAGAAGAUGCUAUCAUAAUUAUCUCCCCUUUCAGUAUAUCUACAAUGACGCUCCUCUGUUUCUUACUAAUACAGAAUAGUUACCAUCCCUUAACUCACAAACCGCUAUACCAUAUGAUGUCAUGCUUUAACUCCGUCGUUUAACGCAGUAUUGUCAUCCCUCACACACAGUACCCGCACAUUGUAACUUCCCUCUGAGCAUGCGGAUUAAUACAACACGUCACAAGGUCAGACACAAGCUCCUCACAGCGAUAGCCCGUUCGCGGAGCUCUCUAUACUAUCGCGGCCACCAGUCAAAACUCCCCACGGUGAUAGGUGGUCACAACCAUGCUUGGAGUUGAACUCGCAACCGACGGACCGUUAUGCUUACAAACAAGCGAUGACAGUCGUGACGCCGAAUAUUCUUACCGUAACUAAAUUGUUUUCUUUGUUUGUCAAUUUGAAUUUAUAUUUCAUUUCAACUAUCAUGUAAUUGGUAUAGUAAGAAUGUAAGGGGGAAUUUGAGUGAUUUUCCGUUCGUCUGCAAUCUCGAAUCAAUCUGAUCAAACAAACAAAAAGUUAAAUUCAUCUGGGAAAUAGGGUCAGUCGUAAACCUUUUAAAAAAUAACUGUACUGGCAUUCCCAAAUACAUAGACAAAAGUAUAAACGUUACUACAUUUGGGGUUGGGGGCCAACUUUCAAGAUUAUUGUAAUGGCCGCGCCCACACUGGUUAUCGAGAAUGUAACGACCGUGUCACGCGCUGGGAAGGACUUAGGUAAGACGGUGGCAACAGUCAAUAUAGUUCCAACUGAAACUGUACAGGAGACAUUGAGUUUCGAUGUGAGGCCGUUAUUUUGAUAAUAAUGACAAAGACAUGGUAUAGGUUCUCAACAUGUUUCAAUGGACGUUUGGUAGACAGGGCGAAGCCAUGUUUGUUAUAAACACUGAAAGUAGUACCUACCCGACCUUAUAUAAUUGCAUAUUUAUCCGUAAAUGAUCCUGAUAAGAAACCUAGCCAUUAUGUUAUACUUGUAUAUAUCCUAUCAUAUGUAAAUCACACGAACUGUAAUAAAGAUAUCUUGUUUUGCGGUCUAUGUUGGAAGUUAAUGUAGGAAAGCUGAUAUAUAGAGGUUAUCACGCG